CGCGGCGUUGGAUAAAUUGGUCGGAGCGUCCAUUCAUUCGUUCAUUCGCUCCUCGGGUCCAGUUCCCAGCAUCCCGGCACACGCGGUUUCUGUUCGGCACCGAGUUUUCCCUGCAGUCGUUCGCCGACCGGUUGACUGAGCGGUUCCGUAUGUGAAUCGGUGGUUUUACGUUCAACAGAACUGUUUGGCGCGUCUACGAAUUGUGCGCGAAGGAUCUUUUUAAUUUUUCAAUUUUUUGGUGGUUUGGUUGAACGUGCUUUGUGACUUUUGAAACGAGAUUAUAAGGUUCCAAAACCACAUCAAUACCGAAGACUGAGAAAACAGGGUAGUACCGGAGGCCGUAAAACAAAUCCAUUUCCACGACAAUAAAACAUUAAAUAACGCCCGAGGUUGAAGCACCUCAGCGAGGAGAAAAAGAAAACUGAAGCAUUCCAGAAGUGCUCGUAAAAGUGUAAAUACGUCGAGUGCGAGAAUUAAGUGCGGGUGGUUGACUGAUGUGGUUGACCGAAAAUGGAUAUCACCAAGGAGACUCACAAUCCGAAUCCGAGAGAAGGAGCCAAUCCCCUCUCGGUAUUAUUUUUUACAUACACAAUUGGUAUGUUCAGGAAAGGAUAUGGAAAAACAUUAGAAGUUGAUGAUCUGUACAACCCCAUAAACGCAGACAGAAGUAAAAUAUUGGGUGACAGAUUAGAAAGAAAGUGGAAUAAAAAUGUGGAGAAAUCCAAGAAGAUGGGCACCAGACCCAGCCUCCUGAAAGCUCUGGUAGCCACGUUUUGGCCCGAGUAUUUAUACCUAGGCAUAAACAUAUCCAUAAUGGAUCUCAUCUUCCGUUUGUCGCAACCCAUCAUGCUGGGUAAACUGCUCGACUACUUCAGACCAAACAGCGACGUAUCCAAAGAAGAAGCCCUCUGGUAUGCCGGAGCUGUGGUCGGACUCAACGCCUGCAGUGCCUUAUUCAUUAACCAAUACAUCAUGAACGCCUUCCAUUAUGGUAUGAAAGUGAGAGCUGCUUGUUGUGCUCUGGUGUACAGAAAAGCUUUAAGACUGAGUAAGACGGCUUUGGGUGAAACGGCGUCGGGUAAAAUCGUCAAUCUUUUGUCAAAUGAUGUGAGUAGGUUCGAUAUGGUUUCAAUUUUCAUCCAUCACAUGUGGGUGGCACCUACUUCUGCCAUUCUCGUCACAUAUUUCCUUUAUGCCAAUGCUGGCUACGCAGGAAUCAUUGGUAUUAUUCCAGUCUUCCUUGUUGUGCCCCUCCAAAGUUACACCGGUAAAUUGUCCGCUAAAUACAGGAAACAAACAGCAGCCAGAACCGACGAACGUGUCAGACUAAUGGAUGAAAUCAUAAACGGGGUGCAAGUAAUCAAAAUGUACGCGUGGGAGAAACCAUUCACGAAACUCAUCACUUUAGCCAGAAAAGCUGAACUCAAAAUUGUCAUCAAAUCUUCCUAUGUCAGAGCUUUAUUUAUGACCUUCAAUUUAUUCACAACAAGAGCAGCAAUGUUUUCAACCCUACUCACCAUGGCACUAAUGGAUCAACCCAUAACCGCCGCCAAAGUUUUCGUCUUCAUGUCGUACUUCAACAUCCUUUCGCAAACCAUGUCCAGCAUGUUCGUGAGAGGGAUAUCUGAGGUGGCGGAACUGUUCGUCGCCAUUAAAAGACUGCAGAAUUUCAUGAUGAACGAAGAAUUUAAAGUCUCAAAACCGUCUUUAAACAACAACGAAUCUGCUGAAGAUACCAAAACCGUUGUGAGUCUCAAAAAUCUCACCGCCAAGUGGAACGAAAAAUCGUCAGAAGUGGCACUCAACGAAAUCAACAUUAACUUGAACAAGGGCAAACUUAUUGGUGUUAUUGGACCUGUGGGAAGUGGAAAGAGUUCCCUCCUUCAAACAGUUUUAAAGGAGUUAGACAUAAUUGAAGGCAGCUUAGAAGUCAACGGGUCACUAUCUUAUGCGUCACAAGAACCGUGGAUUUUUGCUGCCACAGUAAGACAAAAUAUUCUCUUCGGUGCCACCUACAACAAGAAACGAUAUGAUGAAGUCGUAAGGGUAUGUGCCCUAGAAAGAGAUUUCCAACAGUUUCCCAAUGGAGACAACACUAUUGUUGGUGACCGUGGUGCUUCCCUCAGUGGUGGUCAAAAAGCCAGAAUCAACUUAGCUAGAGCAGUAUACAGAGACACAGACAUUUACCUAUUAGAUGAUCCUUUGUCUGCUGUUGACAUACACGUUGGAAAACACUUAUUCAAUGAGUGCAUUAAUGGUUAUUUAUCCAGGAAAACUAGGAUUUUAGUCACUCAUCAAGUGCACCUUCUAAAGGACGCUGAUCACAUUAUUAUUUUGGGCAACGGUAGAAUCAAGGCUGAAGGAACAUUCCAGCAGCUGUCAUCAAGCAAUAAUGAAUACGCACAACUCCUAACAGCAGAACCAGAACAGCAUCCUGAAGAAGAAAAAGUUAAGGCCUUGGAGAACGCCAAAGUCACACGUAAAAUGUCUUUAAGAAGUAUGAAGUCACUGAGCAGUGCCAUAAGUGACGCCAGCAUCCCUGAAAGUAUCCUCGCUGAAGAACUGGAAGCAGAAGAGGAUGAAGAAGCUGAAGUCAAGCUUAAGGACCUUCAAGAGGAGUCUUCCAAGGGCAAAGUGAGCGGUUCCUUGUUCCUGAGGUACAUGUUGGCUGGCGGAAACUGGUGCACAGUCUUAUUUGUCCUCCUGUUAUACAUUGUGACUCAGGCAGCUGCCAGUGGAGUGGAUUUCUUUGUCAGUUUCUGGGUUAACAUUGAGGAGUUCAGAAAUGUUAGUACCCCCUCUGAUGGAGUUGUUGUUGAAAGGGCCGAAGUUUGGACCAAAGAAUUUUGUAUUUACAUCUACUCCUCACUUAUUGUGGCUCUAUUUUUUGUGGCUUUGGUGAGAUCGAUGCUGUUUUAUAAGUUGGCCAUAUGGAGCUCACAGAAAUUGCACGACACGAUCUUCCACAACGUUAUUGGUGCUACUAUGAGAUUCUUUGACACAAACCCCAGUGGAAGAAUUUUGAACAGGUUUUCCAAGGAUAUUGGAGGUAUUGAUGAACUUUUACCAAAAGUUAUUUUGGAUGCUGGACAGAUUUUACUCACUAUGGUUGGAUCAUUGGUACUUGUCACUGUAGUCAACCCUUACUUCUUGAUAUUGGUCGCCAUUGUUGGUGUCUUCUUCUUAAUUUUAAGGCACAUCUUCUUGAAAACUUCAAAGAAUGUGAAGCGUUUGGAAGGAAUAAUGAGGAGUCCAGUGUUUACACACUUAAAUGCUACACUCCAGGGUCUUACAACUAUCAGAGCUUAUGGGGCAGAAUCUGUUCUUAAAGAUGAAUUCGACAAGCAUCAAGACUCCCACACCAGUGCUUGGUUUAUGUACAUCGCAGCCAGUUCUGCCUUCGGAUUUUACCUGGACAUUCUCUGUUUUAUUUUCGUCGGUCUGAUCACCUUCAGUUUCUUACUAUUAGGAGACCAAUUCGGUCUAAAGGGAGGUGAAGUUGGUUUAGCAAUUACCCAAGCCACAGCUCUAACUGGUUUGGUCCAAUGGGGCAUGAGACAAUCGGCUGAAGUUGCCAACCAGUUGAUGUCAGUGGAACGAGUACUAGAAUACGAUGGCUUGCCUAAAGAAAAACAACCUGACAUCCCUAAAGAGCCAUCAAAGGCCUGGCCAGAAAAAGGAACAAUUGAGUUUGAGAACAUGGGUCUGAAAUACAUCGACGAUGGAGCGUUAGUUUUGAAGAAUCUCAACUUACACAUCAAGGCAAAGGAAAAAGUUGGAAUCGUCGGAAGAACUGGAGCAGGAAAGUCUUCUUUAAUUUCGGCCCUCUUCAGACUUGCCAAAGUGGAAGGUGCCGUCAAAAUAGACGACAUUGACACCAAAGACAUCACCUUGGAUAACUUACGCUCAAGGAUAUCCAUUAUUCCUCAAGAUCCGGUGUUGUUUUCCGGAACACUUCGUUACAACUUGGAUCCGUUUGAGGAGUACUCGGACGAGGUGCUCUACAGGGCGAUCAACGAAGUGGAGCUCAAGGAUCCAACCAACACCAUCAACCGAUUGGAGAACCGAGUCAUGGACCGUGGCUCCAACUACAGCGUCGGCCAGAGGCAACUGAUCUGUCUCGCCAGAGCCAUAAUCAGAAACAACAAGAUUCUGAUGCUGGACGAGGCCACGGCGAACGUGGAUCCUCAAACGGACGCCUUAAUUCAAAAGACGAUACGUCAGAAGUUUGCGGACUGUACAGUACUGACGGUGGCGCACAGAUUGAACACCAUCAUGGACUCCGACAAAGUUCUUGUCAUGGAGGCUGGCACCAUGGUGGAAUUCGACCACCCCUACAACUUGCUGCAGAACCCCAACGGCGUGUUCUACAAAAUGGUGGCGGAAAGUGGACGAUCGGUGUCUGAGCAGCUAAAGAAAAUCGCUUAUACCAGUUAUCAGCGGCAGCAAAGUGUUCCUGAAUGAUAUUUUUAUAUAUAACAUUAACGAAAAUUGUAAUUUUAUCAAUUGUAAAUAGUAUUGUUAUUAUAGUUAUUAGGGAUGAUGAAUGUUUCUAGUUAAAAAAUAGUUUUUUAUACAUAAAUUUAGUAUUACUUAAGAAUACUCGAUGUGAAGAUUUGAAUUAAGUCAUAUCGUACAUAAUUAGUACUUAUUUAUUAUUAGUACUUUUUUAUGCCCACUUAAUUUCAAGAAAUAUACCUUAAAAGACUGAUAAUGGUCGAUUUUAGCCAAAGUACUUGAAAUGUGUGUAAUAUAUUAUGGUGCUCGAAUAUAGAACCAGAAUUUAUUAUAUAUUUACAACUAAAAAUAAAAUAUUUAUACAUAACAA